AUGGAAGCCUUCAACUUUGCCACGUCUCUUGACCUGACACAGCUGUCGGUCCAUGUGCGAAUAGACCGUCUUGAUGGUAAUCAGAAGCCCAUCCCUUACUCGGUUUUGUUGAAACGCUCAGACCUGAGACACCGAGGGUCCAUCAUCAACCCUCACUUUGAGCUCCAUGUGACGGCCCAGAUAUGGGCUGAUAGCAAGCCUCUGACCGUACCCGUCCAAACGUCCUACAAGUCGUUCAAGAACGCGCGCAUAUGGAACGAGUGGCUCCAGCUGCCCGUCACCUAUUCGAAUCUACCCGCAUCCGCACAGCUCGCCAUCACUGUGUGGGAUCUGUCCCCCGCCGAAGACAACGACUCAGAUCUACAUGCAGUCCCUUUCGGAGGCACUACGAUUUCCCUAUUCGAUAAUGACAACACUUUGCAAAAAGGCAGGCAGCGGUGUCGACUGCAUCGUUUCAAGCCUGCAGAUGGCUUGGCCAACACCACUACCCCUUGGGUCAUUCCACCUGCACGUAGAGGUAGAGGGACCCAAGUCACAGAGGAUACCGUCGAUAACCAGGUGGCUGAGAUGCAGAGGCUGCAAAGUCUGUUAAAGAAACAGGAGAUGGGUAAUCUGCCGACUAAUGGCUGGCUUGACGGCCUCGUAUACAAGAAGAUGAUGAAGAUUCGCAAUGAGGCGCUCAAAGCCGAGGCUGCUGCCCUCAAUCGUCAUAUCAAGACCAACGGCGUCACCGGUCAAGAUGAAGAACUGUUCUAUCUAGAGGUUGAGCUACCACGCUUUGAUCAUGCUAUUGUAUUCACUGAUGUCGAAUACCUUCCACCUCCGGUUUCAGAUCUCAGACUUCCAAUAGAGGCAGAUGUCAGGUUACGACCACCACCCGAGGUCUCGUUUGGCCCAGAGAUAGACAUAGAUGGUGUUGGCUAUGGCGAUGCUGACGCUGGUCGACUUAUCAAAAUCUACGACCCAGAGAUUGGGCGAAGAGUCAAUCCUGCUGAAGACAAGCACCGCGAAUUGAUGCGUAGCCAGCAAACGGAUUCUUUGGAUCGAGAUAGAAAGCCCAACGUCAAUGUCAGAGACAAGCUCAAUCUGCUGUUAUCCAAAGGACCCCUCGAAGAGAUCACUUCCCACGAACGGGAUGACAUCUGGAAAUUUCGAUACUUUCUCUUGCGUGAUAAGCGCGCGUUGACCAAGUUCGUCAAGUGCGUGAAUUGGAAGAAUCAGCGCGAAGUUCGCCAGGCAGCGCCGUUGCUCGAAAAAUGGGCCGAGGUCGAUGUUGACGACGCGCUUGAGUUGCUUGGCCCACACUUUGACCAUCCGGUCGUGCGAAGCUACGCUGUUGAACGCCUCAAAAAGGCUGAUGACGAGGAAUUACAACUAUAUCUCCUUCAGCUCGUGCAGGCCUUGAAGUACGAAGCACCAGGCGAGGCCGACGAUUCUUCGUUGGCACGGUUCCUCGUAACCCGCGCCGCUAAUAGCUUCAAGCUUGGUAACUUCUUACACUGGUAUCUAAUGGUCGAAAUCAGUGACUUUAGCAGCGACCAGGAACCAGAGCAUCGCGACCUGUUCGCAAAGGUCGAAUAUGACUUCAUGGUCGAGCUCGAGAAAUCGCCAGAAGGCAUCGAAACGCGAAACACGUUCCGCCGACAGGGCGAGCUGCUCACCGUCCUUGCAAAGAUCUCCAAAGACGUGCGGUUUGGUGGAGGCGACCGACCCACGAAGCUGGCACGUCUCAAAAAGUCACUGGGGGAUCCCAAAAAUGAGCUCACGACCUUUGAGCGGUUACCCUUGCCUCUUGAUCCAUCGGUUCACAUCACUGGCAUCUACGCCGACGACUGCAAUGUCCUGAAGUCGUCCCUACUCCCCAUCGUCUUGAACUUCAAAACCACUACCGAGGAGAAGUACCCCAUCAUCUUCAAGACGGGCGAUGAUCUCCGACAGGACCAGCUUGUCAUUCAAAUCAUCACGCUCAUGGACCGCCUCCUUCGCAAAGAAAAUCUCGAUCUAAAACUAACACCCUACCGCAUUCUCGCGACUUCCUCCUCCGCCGGUGGUUUCCAAUUCAUACCUUCCAUGAGCAUAGCCGCAGCAUGCCAAAAGCACAAAGGCAGUCUCCUUGCCUACCUCCGCGCCAAUAACCCCGACGACUCGGCUCCAUUAGGCGUGAAGAAGGAAGCAAUGGACACAUACAUCAAGUCUUGCGCCGGCUACUGCGUCAUCACAUACCUCCUCGGCGUCGGUGACCGACAUCUUGACAACUUGCUCCUCGCCCCCGAUGGACGUUUUUUCCAUGUAGACUUUGGCUACAUCCUCGGGCGUGACCCUAAACCAUUUGCUCCGCAAAUGAAGCUUUGCCGCGAAAUGAUUGAAGGGCUCGGUGGGGCCCAGCACCCCAAUUACCUUGUAUUUAAAGAGUACAGCUUUACAGCAUGGUCGACGCUACGCAAGUCGAGCAAUCUCCUGCUAAAUCUGUUCGCCCUUAUGCAGGGCGCGAAUAUUCCAGAUAUCAAGGUGGAAAGAGAGGGAAGUGUUCGCAAGGUGCAAGAGCGGUUCUGGUUGGAGAAAGGAGAAAAUGAGGCGAUGAGGGAGUUUGAGCGGUUGAUUGAGGAAAGUAUGGGGGAUUGGAAGGCGGGCGUCAUUGAUUGGGCCCAUGAUUUCGUGCAGACCUAUUGGAGGAAGUAG